AUGUCAUUAGAAGAAGGUGAACAGCAUCAGGAGAACAAAUUACGUUUAGUAGGCGACACUCUCUUAUAUCUCAUAACAUGUUUCGCAUCUCUAGGCGUAUUCCUAUUCGGCUAUGACCAGGGUGUCAUGUCAGGAAUAAUCACAGGCCCGUACUUCAAGGCCUACUUCAAUCAGCCCACAAGCGCCCAAAUAGGAACAAUGGUCGCAAUCCUCGAGAUCGGGGCGUUGAUAACAUCCCUCCUUGCAGGAAGAGUAGGCGACAUCAUCGGCCGCCGCAGAACCCUCUUCUGGGGCGCGAGCAUCUUCGUCCUCGGAGGGGCGAUCCAGUCCUUCACACCAACUUACGGGAUCAUGGUCCUAGGACGUAUAGUGAGCGGGUUCGGGGUUGGGUUGCUCUCGACGAUCGUUCCUAUUUAUCAGAGUGAGAUCUCCCCCGCGGAACAUAGGGGCAAGCUGGCGUGUAUCGAGUUUACGAUGAAUGUUGGAGGGUAUGCGUUUUCUGUCUGGACAGACUACUUCUGCUCCUACAUCCCCUCCCACCUCUCCUGGCGCCUCCCCCUACUCAUGCAAUGUCUCAUCGGCCUGAUCCUCUCCCUCGGCUCGCUUCUCAUCCCCGAAAGCCCACGCUGGCUGAUCGACACCGACCAGGACGUGGCAGGCAUGUCCGUGCUCGUGGACCUGCACGGCGGGGACGUGGAGGACGAGACUGCACAGAUGGAAUUUCAGGAGAUCAAGGAGCGUGUUCUGGAGGAUCGCCAGAAUCCGGAAAGGACGUAUGCGAUCAUGUGGAGGAAGUAUAGGAGUAGGCUGUUGAUCGCUUGUUCUAGUCAGGCGUUUGCCCAGCUGAACGGGAUCAAUGUCAUCUCCUACUAUGCGCCGCUCGUGUUCGAAGAAGCAGGCUGGAUAGGUCGCCAAGCGAUCCUCAUGACAGGAAUAAACGCGAUCAUCUAUGUCCUCUCUACCGUCCCGACGUGGUAUCUCGUCGACCGCUGGGGAAGGCGAGUGAUCCUCAUCUCCGGGGGUAGUAUCAUGGGACUAGCCCUCGCCCUAACAGGUUACUUCAUGUACCUCGACCAACCCCUAACACCAAACACAGUCGUCCUCUGCGUAAUAAUCUACAACGCCUUCUUCGGCUAUUCCUGGGGUCCCAUCCCCUGGCUCUACCCACCGGAGAUAAUCCCCCUCCCUCUCCGGGCCAAGGCGGUCUCUUUGUCUACGGCGACCAAUUGGGCUUUCAAUUGGGUUGUGGGGGAGGGGACGCCGGUGUUGAAGGAUUGGAUUGGGUGGAGACUUUAUCCUAUGCAUGCGUUUUUUUGUGCGAGCAGUGUCAUACUCGUUUAUUUCUUGUAUCCGGAAACGAAAGGAGUACCGUUGGAGGAGAUGGACGCUGUGUUUGGGGAAGAAAGCGCACAAGCAGCCUCCGAGCCUGAGUCGGAAACGUCGUCUUUGGUCUCUAGGGACCGGACGGACUGGGCGACGAGGGCCACUUCGCUGGAUGGACAUCCGCGUGGACGUGGGCAUGAAGGAGACGAAGACGGAGACGGGCAGGGAGAGGGAGGGGAAGACCAGGCAGGAGAUGCAGGGACGGAGGGAGAUGGGGAUGGGGAUGGAGAGGCGUACAAGCCCCCUGCUAGGUAUACGCUCUGGGACCGGGUGCUUGGGAGGGGGCAGUAUCGGCCUGUUGCGGAGGCGUAG